AUGAUGAUGAAGAAGAAGAAGCAGAAGCCGACCAAGGAAGCCAGGAGCACGAAACCAUCCGCUCCAUCAAUUCGCUCUCCACCGCCAGAGUUGCCAAAAGAAUUCAAAGAAAAUAUUGCAUGCUUGAAUGGUUACCAAGUGAAAUUGGUGAUCCAGAAGAAACUUUUCAAGACUGAUUUGAGCAGUGGUCAUGAUCGUCUCUCAAUACCAGUGAAUCAAGUCAUUAAUAAAAACUUUCUCGGCGAAGACGAUGAAAGAUUAAAAGACAAUGGAUUUGUAUAUGUGAAAGUGAUAGAUCCAUGCUUAAAGGUGCAUGAUAAUUUAGGGUUGACCAAGUGGAAAGCUCAUAACAACAAUAACUUUUCCUAUUCCUUAAACAGGGGUUGGAACUCAAUUUCUACGGAUGAGGAGGUUAGGUUUAAGAUAGGGGAUACGAUUCAGGUUUGUACGAGUACUAUUGAUAGGCAAGAAGCUGCUGAAUCGUCAAUGACAAAGAAAGAUGAGGAGGAGAAAAAAUAUGGAAACGAUUGUAGUAGUAGUUGUAGUGUGAGUGCCAGCCAGGAAGUAAUCGAAUCAUCCACCACCUAG